AUGUCUGCUCCAGUUCAAUCCUCUUUGGCCGGUCUCCAGGCCUCCACUGCUCAACUUGUGGGCAUCAUCACCCGGGCUCGGCUCACUCCGGCUGGCACAGGGGAAGCCCAUCUUGCUCUGACAGCACAGGCAACCACCCUUGUGGGCGCGAUCGCCUGGCAGUUUGAGAAGGGGCCUUACAUGCCCGGAGUUGUGGCAUCUUGCUCCAGGGAGUUGAUGAGGGUGAGGUCCAUGACUCCCUGGGUGUGGCCUAACUGGCACAGCAUCGGCCAUGACGACCCCCGCAUAUCAAAACACUCCUGGCGCAGCAAGAUCCAGGCUUGGGACGCCUUGGAUGACCAUUCCUGUGAUCUCCCGGUCGUCCCUAACCCAUCCACCACCCCACUGACUGUUGACCUUCCUUCUCCUCUUCCCAUUCCGUCUGCUCCUGUCCAUCCCUCUCCUCCUGUCAUUCCCUCUGCUCCUGUCCCUCCAUUCCCGCCCGGCCUCGCCGGACCUUCAACUCUGGCACCCUCCGGGUUCCAGGACAAAGGCAAGGGUAAGGCGGUUGAUGUGAGCCUUGAGCCAGAAGUUGGAGGGAGCAGAAAGAGGAAGUCUCUGCUGAUUUCUGGCGAAUCAUCCCAACCUCCGAAGUCCGCCAUGAAGUCUCACAAGCAGCCCAAGUCUGCUCGCAUCAUCAAGUCGAAGCCGAUUGUGGAGUCGGAAGAUGAUGAAGACACAAUUAUUCAGCCACUUUCGCGUGGAGUUCCGGAGGUCGUCCUUCCCCGGAUCUCCACACUUGCUCAAGGGACCCCUCACUUGCCUCGUUCACCCCGUUCUCCAAAAAAGAAAUCCUUUGGCCCUGCUUCAUUGACUGCUGGCAGUCGUCUGGAGGUUCCAGAAUCUCCCAGCACUCGUCCGGAGGUUGCAGCCACCUCCGGCACUCGUCCGGAGGCCACGGAGGACCAUGACACUGAGUCCAACGCUUCGGAUGGUGAUCCCCCAGUCAUUGCCUCAUUCGACAUUACCAUUCCUGGCCCAAACAACCCCUGCCAUUAUUGUGUCAAGUUCGAUUGGCCCUGCGCCACUCGGUUUGACAGGAGGAGGCGUACUCCCUGUGUCUCCUGCAUCCACUGCGCCAGCAAGAAGGUGAAGUGUCAACCUGCAUCGAUGGGAUCCCCGCCCCCACGGACUCGCCCUGGAGGCAAAUCCACCACCCAUCAUACGCGUUCCAGCACACCUGCCCCCAAAGCUCCGGCCGCCUCGCAGUCAAGGGCCCGCACUCGCAGCCAAUCUCGUGGCCCCAUGCGUACUCCGGCUGUCCCUGCUGUGACUACACCACAGGUGAAAUCACGUGGUCGCAGCAAAACAAUCACUUCCACCAAGGCACCUGUGCCUGCACCUGCUCCUGCAACAGCUCCUGUUCCGUCCUCGAGUGUUGCAGUUCCUCGUUCAGCACUCGAUGUGCCCAUGCCGGAUCUCCAUUCCAUGGCAAUCGCCAUCCGGGAUGGUGCAGCUCGCAUUGCCAUGCUUGAGGCUCGUGUACGGGAGCAGGAUGGUAAGAUUGAUACCCUGCAACGCCUCCAUGAGAGCCUCCGGCGCCAGGUCGUCGACCAGCACCCUUCAUUUCCACUUCCGGACAUGCCUGCCAAUGCAUCAUUUUUACUCAAUCAAUCAGUUCCACCCCCCCCAUCCAUGUCCCCCCUCCCCUCUGCACUUCCUGCCCUCAUCAAUUUGGAUAUGGCUCAUAUGGCUGUCAUGGAACCCACCCCCUUGAAAGUCGAGGAUGGCUCUGACAUGAUUGGGCUCGUGUUUGAGCCCAGCCAAGUUCAGCCUGAGGGUCCACAAAUGUCUGGUGAAAUUGUGGUCCCGGAUGACCCGGGCAACCUUGUGCCAGAGUAUAAUUCUGUUUCUGAAGAGAUGGAUAUUGAGGUGCCUGUUGAGCCAGCUGGUGGGGAGGUUGACAUGGCUACCUAA